AUGCGCUUCACUUCCUCCGAAUGGCGCGCCAGCGGUCUCCUCAACACUGCGGAAGAUGAGCUUCUGGACCUAGGGGUCGGGACUAACUUAUGGUUGAACGGAUGUAAUCAAGUAAACGCCGUCGUCUUGCUUAAAUGGUCUAAAACCUCCAACGACAGAGUGAAGGGUACCGCUGAAGUUUGGCGCAGAGGUGUCGGUGGGUGCGGUCUUACCGCGCAUACAAAGAUUAUCUUCCCUGCCCCUAAUCCUGCGCCCGCUCCUGGCACUGAUAUCAUCGAGUUCAGUAGACAGGAUCUCUUUGGUCACCACAUGCGUCCGGGAAGAAGCCUGACCGACGUGUUUCCGUUAGAUCUGGAAGAUCUGCGGGAUUUUGCUCGAGAGCGGCUGAUGGUGUUAAUGGGACUUACUCCGGCUUGA